AUGUGGGAGACAGACCAACAGUGGGGCUCCCCCAUCCCUGCAUCAUGCAGAAACACGAGAUCCCCUGAAUUACCUCCAGACCCAGCUAUCAACAACUAUGUGCAAGAACCUCAGCAUGAUGUUGAGUUUGGGUACCGGAUGGAAGUAGAUGAUCAAUACAAUGGCAACAAUGAUGCUGACGACAGUGAUGGAAGGGAAGGUGACACAUAUGUCAGCUUGUAUGAUGACAAAAACACUUAUCGGGCAUUCCUGCCCCAAGAAGAUGCUGUCGAGGAGGAAGAUGGUGAUGAAAAUAAUGAAAAUUCUGAUGAGGAGCAAGAUCUUCAUGAGGGUGCAGACAUUGUCGAUGACCCUGCAUUUAAUGUGGGCAAUGGUUUUGACGAGGAUGAGGAUUGCCUACCACAGGAUGAUGAAGAAGAUCUAUUGUUCGAUGAAGCACCUGCCUUUAGUGAGCAUUCUGCUAUCAGGAAUGCAUCUGUGUGUGCGUACAUUGCAUCUGCAUUCAAAGGUGCCUUGCAUGAUGUCUGUCAUGAAUUCCAAAUACGAAUCAUUUUUCAUUUCUUGGCUUUCCUUCAGCUACUUCUAGUUACCAAAUUGGUCACAUGA